ACACAAACAAUCUUUGUUUCUCAUUAACCGCAUACAAUAACAAUAAUAAUCCUCCCGAUAAGCCUUGAGUCCAUCUCACUGACACUCUGCUCCCUGUAACUUCUUCUUCUUCUUCGUCUUCUUCAUCCACUGCCGUGAGAAGUGUCCACUCCUGGAGAGGCUCUUCAGGGCCCCUUUUUUUUCUUCUUUUUUUUCUUUUUUUUUUUUUUUUGCUCAUCUCCCUUUCUCUAACUCCCCCUAGUGCCCACAUCAUUCGCUCGUGUGAGUCUUAGCUAAGCUCUAGGAGUGGAGAAAGGGAGAGAGGGAGGAAGGGAAUGAGAGAGAGAAAGAGAGAGGGGGGGGUGACAAAGGGGAGGAGGCAAGGGAAAGUGUGAAGCCCCUCCUCUGGAUGACAUCAGCACCAGGGCUGAGGCAGAGCUGGAGGCAGAUGUAACUUCACACUUAUAGUGAGCUCCAGGCAGCUGAGCAGACCUGGUGAAUCUUCUCAACCUCUUGCUCUUGCUCUCACUCUUGCCAAGGAGCGUGUAUUUGCGUAUGUGUGUGUGUGUGCGUGUGUGUAUGUGUGCGCGUUCUCGUGUGAAUACAUGUGAGGACAUCACAACACACCGACAGUCUUCUGCGACUUCUGGGUUUAUUCCUUUUGGAUUUUCUAAGACGUUGGAUAUAUACGCUGUGGACUGACUCUUUGGUUGAAGGAUAUUUCUUUCAGUUCGCGCAAUUUUUUUUUCUGGGAGCUUUGCAGGAUCUCCUCUGAGGUUGCGAUCAGCAUGAACUUCCACCUGGCCGUAUGAGGUCAUGCUUCUAAGGAGAGCAAAGGCCCACAAGAUGCUUUCACAACGUAGUUCCAGCAGUUGAGCCACCAGGCUGGAUACGUUCUUCAUGCUCCUUCCACGAGAGCAGGAACACGACUCGGGGAUAACUCCUAACAGAGAACAAGAGCCUCCUGGGAUUUCAGCCUGCCUUUACCUGCAGGCUAAGUGGGCUCGGGGCUCUUGAGGUCAUGUCCAUUCUGGCGACGGACAUACCGGAACCCUCCAAAGGAGUCUCCAAGACUCACAAAAGGUUUUAAUUAGGGGUCCGAACCACUGCUCCGUGAAGUGAAAGGAUCCUUCACGCACCCUUUUUAUCUUUUUUUUUCUUAUUUGUUUUCACCCAUUGCUUUUUUUUAAUUAUUCGAAUUGCAUGCCUGCAUUAGUGCACCAAGGUCUUGAAAGUCUUGAAGCAGAGGAGUUGAUCUUUAGAGGUUUAUCUACCACAAAGCCUUUGAUGGUAUGAACUGUAGACACUGCGGUCCAAGCCAGGAGGUCAGCAGGACAAACGAGGAUCAGCUGGAUCAGGAUAUAACUAAAGAAGAGAGUCCUCGGACAGUGCAGAGAAGAAAACAAGCAGAGGAGCUUAAAGCGUCACUGGAUUUUUGGGUGAAAGAAGAGGAUUAGCUGGCUCCUCUAAAUCAGGGAGGACAAACGAGCCUAGAAUGGCGUGCCAGUACAAGUCGUUCUUUGUCUUCUUCAUCAGAGCUGGUGUUCUCCUGGGCCUGGCAAAUCCACUGGUGACCUCCGCCUCCUGUCCAUCACAGUGCCGGUGCGAUGGGACUUUCAUCUACUGCAAUGACCGGGAGCUGACUUCGAUUCCUACAGGAAUCCCACAGGACGCCACCGUCCUCUUCCUCCAGAACAACCGAAUUAAGAGUGCUGGUAUCCCCGCUGAUCUACGGAGACUCAGCAACGUGGAGAAGAUCUACCUAUAUUGCAACAACCUGGAUGAAUUUCCUACCAAUCUUCCUCUAAAUGUCAAGGAGCUCCACCUUCAGGAAAACAACAUCCGGACUAUCACUCACGCCUCCCUGGCUCAAAUUCCCUUUAUCGAGGAAUUACACUUGGAUGACAAUUCCGUAUCGGCCGUCAGCAUAGAGGAGGGGGCGUUCCGAGACAGCAACCAUCUGCGGUUGCUCUUCCUUUCACGCAAUCACCUGAGCACCAUUCCUCCUGGCCUUCCCAUGACCAUAGAGGAGCUUCGCUUCGAUGACAACCGAAUCUCCUCGAUUUCCGAGGUGUCCCUGCAAGAUCUGAUCAAUCUAAAACGCCUAGUGCUGGAUGGCAAUCUCUUGAACAACAGGGGGAUUGGGGAAAUGGCCUUUGUUAAUUUGAUCAAUCUGACCGAACUUUCGCUGGUGCGGAACUCCCUAACAUCACCACCUGCCAACCUGCCCGGCACCAGCCUUGAGAAAUUACAGCUGCAGGACAACCAUAUAGACAGGGUACCAGUAGGCUCUUUUGCGUUUCUCCGCCAGCUGUACCGCCUGGAUCUGUCGGGCAACAAAUUGAACAGCCUGCCCAUGGGGGUCUUUGACGACCUCGAUAACCUUACCCACCUGCUGCUGCGCAACAAUCCGUGGUACUGCAACUGCAGAAUGAAGUGGGUAAGAGACUGGCUGCGCUCUUUGCCCUCGAAGGUCAAUGUGCGGGGCUUCAUGUGCCAAGGCCCGGAUAAGGUCAAAGGAAUGGCGAUCAAGGAUCUUUCCACAGAGCUGUUCGAAUGCUCGGAUUCCGAAGUUGCGACAACGUACGAGACGAGCACAGUCUCCAUUACGCUGCCGCCUUCUCGACCCCAGUGGCCACUCUAUGUGACUAAAAGACCGGUAAUUAAGGGGCCAGACUUCGGAAAGAACUAUCGAAGUACGACGCCGUCGAGUCAUAAGAUCAUCACAAUAAGCGUCAAAUCCAGCACUCCGGACACGGUACACAUAUCCUGGCGGGUAUCGCAGCCAAUGACUGCUCUGCGUCUCAGCUGGUUAAAGCUGGGCCACAGCCCUGCCUUCGGGUCCAUCACAGAGACCAUUGUGCAAGGGGAUAGGACGGAGUACCUGCUCACAGCCCUGGAGCCCGAAUCUUCCUAUCGGAUAUGCAUGGUUCCUAUGGAGACCAGUAAUAUUUACCUGUCAGAUGAGACGCCCGUUUGCAUAGAGACAGAAACGGGCUCCUUAAAAGCGUACAACCCCACUACAACCUUAAACCGGGAGCAGGAGAAGGAGCCUUACAAAAAUUCUAGUCUGCCUUUAGCUGCUAUCAUAGGAGGAGCCGUGGCACUUUCGGCCAUCGUGAUGCUGGCCCUGGUCUGCUGGUACAUCCACAGGAAUAGUUCGUUGUUUUCCAGGAAUUGCACGUACAAUAAAGGGCGCAGGAGGAAGGACGAUUAUGCGGAAGCGGGCACAAAGAAGGACAACACCAUCUUGGAGAUUAGAGAGACUUCUUUUCAAAUGAUUCCCAUAAAUCACAUGCCGGUGACCAAGGAAGAGUUUGUGAUACACACAAUUUUUCCUCCAAACGGUUUGAAUCUCUACAAGAGUCCGCACAGUGAAAACAGCAUCAACAACAGAAGCUACAGAGACAGUGGAAUACCAGAUUCAGACCACUCCCAUUCAUGAUGACUUGUGCUGAUUUCAAGAACAUUUUAUUACUAGUGACUGACAUCAGGACUGCCCGGUCUUUUACAAAAACACUGGAUUGAGAAGACUGAGAAAGCAAUGUUCUGUACAUUUGCCAUAUAAUUUAUAUUUAAGGACGGUUUAUUAAAAAGAAACACGGCUCCUAUUGCAGGCCAUCACUGGGUCCUCAGUGUGUGCGCUCAACAACGAUAUAUUUUAGAGGUUUGUAGUAAUUUGUACUGUACAUCCUUUGCUUAAGGUUUCAGACCAAUUGAGAAAAAGAAAAAAAAAAAAACGUCUUUGUGCUCGACUGAGAUAUCAACUGUGAAAGUGGGUUUUCAUUGCCGUGUUAAAACAAUCAGAGUUUAGAGAACCUUGUAGAAGCACAGGUCAUAACGUUCACCAUAACGUCGUUCUCGGAAAAAUAAAACAAAACAAAAAAAAACGGCCGACAGAAAAAAAAAACAGGGCACGGUUGAAUCAAUGGGUAGAAAAGCUUUUCUUUUUUUCCGUCUUAUCUGUAUCGGACGGACCUAGACGUGUUUUUUCGGUCGAACGGCACCUCGAUAAUACGUUAGGGAUCUUAGUUGACAUUUUCAACAGUGUUGUCAGGCUUUAAGUCUCGCAAGUAUGGAGAUGUAUUGCUUCCUGAGAGAGCUAGCACAGCACAGAGCCCAGUGACGUGGUCCUCGGCUGGGUAGGCUUGUCCGGCACGUGGACAGGCAAAGCACAGAUAUAACGAGAGGUGGCUGCUCUGUGGCAGUGUCUCUCGCCGACACGGGGGAAAGAAAUCCUUUAGGUGUGAACCAAUUGUACUUGUACAUGAUGCUCUUGAAGAGGAACACAGUCAGGGCAGAGAUAAGGACAUGCUACAUGAUAAGGUUUUUUUUUUCUGUUUUGUUUUUCGUUUUUUUUUACUUGGAAUACAAGUGUGAAUUUGUUUAUAAUUAUCUGUAUUUUUAUUUUGUAUUUUUUUUCCAAAGCCACUUUUAUGUUGCGACAACUGAAAGUUAAUUGUUCCUUACCAACUGAAGACCAAAGUGCAUAUAUGCCCUUUGGCCAGUCUUGUAUGUGCCUUGAUACAAUGCUUCUUGUAUUUAGCUUUUUAAAAAAAUAGAAAAAAAAAUAAAGAAUAAAAUUGGUGAGUUAACUUUUUUCAUACACACUUGAAUAUGAUAAACUCUUGGUCAUAAUGCAGAAAUAAAAGUGGACAAAAAAUCGA